AACUCCUGAAGCGACGCCUUACUUUACCUCUCUUCUGCUAGUUUCGUGCUGUCGGUCACUGAAUCUGCUUCGUUCUCUUGCUUAGUUAUCUUCAGAUUCAGGACAUGGUCUCGUUCUUUGGCUGGUUCAAGAAGAGCAAACCGGAGGAUUACGAACAAGUGCUAGCAUCUCUCGCACUUGACAUACAAAAGCGACAGACGCGCCUGUCGGAAAUCCGCUUGCGCGAGCGUCGUUCCACCCUCUACUUCUCGUUGGUGGCCGUUGCCCUGUGGGCAUCGUGGAGUGGGCUGUGGUAUGCAGGCCUUCUCCCUAACGUGAGCGGCCACAACCGGAAUAGUAGUUUUGAGCGGACGGCGAAGGGUGUGCCCGUAUUCCUCGGGCCAAUCUUAAUACUGUUCACACGUCGCAUCGUGCAGAUAUGGUAUACUCGUAUAGGCGACAAGGAAGAAAAGGCGCUGGUGACAUUGCGGAAGCAGCAGCGGGACAAAAUUGAAGAAAUUAAGAACAAGACGAAUUACUACUCUACACGCAAUCUACUCGAGCGUUAUGACGAUGGAUCGAGUAUAGGAGGCGCCAGCUCCCCCAUACGUCCUCGAAUGCCCCAGCAGCGCAUACCCCCCUCUCCUCAACGCGAGCCGCAGGUCAGGAAGCCUAAUCCUCCGGUAUCGUCUCAGUUACAACAGCAUCUAUCACCACUUCCGCAGUAUCCGCUGCCUCCACUGAGGAAGCAGUGGUUCGACAAGCUCGCAGAUGCGAUAUUAGGUGACGAUGAUGGCUCUGUGAGCACGGCGGCGUCACGAUACGCCCUCAUCUGUCAGAAAUGCUUCGCACACAACGGUCUCGUGAAAGAGAGCCAGUGGGAAGAUACUCAAUACGUCUGCCCUAAAUGCGGCUACUUCAAUUCUUCUCCUCGUUCCAUACGUCAAGCCCGUUCAUUAUCCAAAUCUCCCGAUGCCCGAGUCCACGUGGCACUACCAGGGCAGCCUGAUCAGCCACAACCGGUUGCCCCCGUCGCUGCUCAGCCAGCAGGGGCUAAAGAUGGCUUAGCUUCGAGCACAGCUCUUGAUUCGGGCAAUAGUAGCCGCAAACGCAAUCUUCCAAACAUCGAUACAGCAACACCAGACGAGGGUGAGAGUAUCAGGAUGGACGUUGACUCCUAAUGUAUCAUUGUACCCUCUAGUGUUCGUUGCUCUGAGCUGUCGCGAUUUCUAUAACUUAGUGUAUCACACAUUAUACUUGUUGAUCGUCCCUUAGGCGUGGUUGAGUGAAGGAGUGGCCAUCGAUGGAGUGCCUGUUGUAAGGUUAUGUUGCUUAAAUUGCUGACGAAGAAGGGCGA